GAUUUUGUUGACAGUUGUCGAAUCUGUUGUUACUGUUAGUUAUAUAUAUUUGAUAUGUAAGUUCUGAAUCCUUCUAUUGGACAAGAAUAUUUGAAGACUUGGUUUUCUGUUACGAUGGAUACAGAUCCUGUUAAUUACAGGAGGAAAGAUGAGACGUUCCCUGUGCCUAAACCCAUUCCAGAGAGGAAGGCAUCAAAAUCUGGUAAGAAGGAGAGAAGACAAGCCUGUAGUAGACCAUGUAAAGAACAUUCCUUCUUGACAGAUGUGGCAGACGUCCGCGCCAUGGAACAAGGACUCUUACAAUUACUGGAGGAUUUCCAUUCAGGCAAAUUACAAGCUUUUGGCGGUGGUUCAACAUUUCAGCAGAUGGAUAUGAUAAGAGAGCAACAAGAAUGUUUAGCACGACUCCAUUUCGAAUUAGACAUUCAUCAAGACUUACAGAGAGGAAACGAUGAAAAGGCUAGAAUUUCGGCCAAUUCAAAACUGUCUAGACUUAUUGAUCAGCUUCAUUCCAUUAGUUCUUCAAUACAAAAAUUACACAAGACAGACUACAGUCCACAGAAGAGAUGAUAAGAAGAAAGAUUGACUUGUUUCCGGUGACAAGUUAGCCAGAAAGGUUGACUUGUUUCCAGUGACUAGUUAGCCAGAAAGGUUGACUUGUUACCUAUGACUAGUUAGCCAGAAAGUUGACUCAUUCCAGUGAUUAGUUAAACAGAAAGUUGAAUGACUUCAGAAAUCAUGUGUGAUAUUUUGUAUUAUAAUUUUGUGACUUAGUGUCGAAUUUUUUUAAACUAUUGUGUAUUCAUUAUUUUUCGUUGGAUAUCCAUUUUCAUGAAUUUCACAAGUAAAGGUGACCUACAAAAGACAAAGGGUGAUAAGGGCUGUUUUUGGCCCCAACCCCAUAUUAUUUAAUUUGUCAUGUUGUUUACUAAAUACAAAUUUUCUAUAAGCUUGUAUGUUGACUUUUGUAGCAAAACCACAAAAUCAAAUAUCUAUGGAAAUACAAUGGUUUUCUCACUCCACAAAAAUAAAGGAAUCAAUAGUAUUGUAAACUCAAUUAAUAUUUGAAUUUUUGCUGGAAAAGAAACAUAUUAUAUCGAAUUGUAAAAAUUGGAUGUUCUUUUGUAUAAAUAACCAACAAAAUAAAAAAAAUCAUGAAAAUGCAUAAUUGACCACAAUGGCCUAAUGAAAAAAAAAGUGUCAGCAAAAAUAAUUUGGUUCACAGUAUUAUCUACUGUGUAUUAAGUUUGCAAAUGCAGAAGUAAGGAUGUAUCAUUUUUUUUACAAUUCAGGGGCUCUUUUCACAAAACAUCUUACGACAAAAAUUUAUCGUAAGUUAUACUGAAAUGUUCAUGACUUACGAGUGUUUUUUUCUCGUAAGAUUUUUUGUGAAAUUAGUCGCUGUAAUUAUUUUAUAAUUUUUUGACAUUUGCAAUUGACGAAAAAGUAAAUGUUCUUUUCUUUUCAAUCUAUCCCAUUUUUUCCCUAUUAUCUGUUUGAUUCAUGUUUAGUUUGGGAUUUUAUAAAGGAAAAAUUAUGUAGAAAAAACUUAAAUCUGAUAGGAAAUUAAAGGUUUAUAUUGAUAUAUUUGUUUCAAUAAGUAUGAUAAAUAAGAGCAUUUAGUCAAUAUUCAGACAAUUCGCAUUAUCUUAUAUGUCCUUUUAUUCAAAAACAAUUUUUGUGAAACUUGUUUUUUUUAGUUUACUUUAAAUAUUACAACCAUACACUCAGGACAAGGCAUUAAAUCAUGUAUUUCAUGCCAAAAUUUUUUAAGUUGGCAGGUAUGAAAAUUUGUAAAAAAAAAAAACAUUUUUGAAAUAGAUGAAAUUAAAUGUCUGAAUGAAUUUAUUCAUAACUGUAAUUGAAAGUGUUAUGAAAUAUAUAGUAUUUUGUAAACAGUUAAGCAUCCAUAAUCAGAAUUUUAUUAAAAAAAAUCCAUCUGCACAAAAUGUUGAAAUGUUUUGUAUGUAUAUUCCACUAAAGUUAUUUAAUCAACAAUAUUGAUCUCAGUAUUUGUUAUAACUUUCAAUCACAGGUAUUUCUUAAGGACCAUCUCAAAAUACAAGUUUUGAUUUAAAUAGAUAACAUAUGUAAUUUUCCUUCCUCAGCUUUUGAUAUAAUGAAAUAAACACAUUUUUGGGGCAUUUAUAGAAGAAAUGAAAAGAUAUGGUUUGUGUAAAUGAAAACUUAUUUAGAAUAGCAUAAAGGAUCUAAUUUUCACUGCCACUUUCUGAAGUAGAAAAUAAUACAAAUAUAGAUUGUUGUCAAACUAGGAUCCGCUAUUAAAUGAGUACAUCAGCAAUGUUCGAAAAUCAUGAAAAUACUUUGCAUCAAAGAAGGCUUGAAAGGGCUUUACACAACAACAAAAAUCAGCAAAAAUCAGUUUGUUUACAAAAUGUAAAGUGAAAGCAACUGAAGCUUACCCAUCGGUUGUUCUGAGAUUCCUGUUUGAUAUGUGGCCUUGACCUGUUUUCUGCUUUUUGGUCAGGUUGUUGUCUCUUUGACACAUUCCCCGUUUCCAUUCCAUGGUUAAAUUUGUUUUUUUUUUAGUUUUCAACAGAAUAGAUAUAUAUUAUGUAGGCUUGUAUGCAGGAUUAUCUUCAAACAACAAAUUCAAGUAUUCAGGAAAAUGCAACUAUUCUUCUAUCCUCAAAAAUAGAUAAAUGUAUCCCCAAUAAUUUUAUUACAUAGGGGAAUAGGCUGUUUCAGAAUCUAAAGGAAUAUGGGUAAUUUUAUUGUUUGUUCCCCAAAAUGAAAAUAAUGUCACAUCAUUGGUUGAAUUUAAAGUGUUUAGGACAUUUUUAACCAAUCACGAUACUUUGGUGUAAACUUUUGAAAAUAUUACCCAGAAUGCAUUAGAUUCUGAAUUAGCCAAUUGAAAGUCCUUAUAAAUGUUCAAACUAAUACCUACAGGAACUUGUAUUUUGAAAUUGUCACUUUCUUUACUUGCUUUUCUAUAGACAUAGUUUAUAUUUUUGUUGUAUUUUUUUAUUUAUUAGAAGAGAGUUUUGUUUAAUAAAUGUAUUCCAUUUUAGUCGACAAUCAAAUCUUUUUAUGUGAAAAUAGUACAUUUCAUUUCAAAAUUAUCAGUAUAUUUUUCCGUUCAUGUUGUCUUGUUCACUUGACAUUUAUUAACCUUUAACCUUUAUAUUAUGGCAGGUUUAUAGUAGAAAUGUAUCAUCCUUAAAUUGGCCCAAAAAAAUAAUUAUGACAAUAUAGUCCAGGUUUUCAUUUUAUACCUGCACAAUAUGCCUAAAAAAUUGACAAAUUUAGGGUUCUGUGCCUCCAUUUAGGCAAAAAUUAGACCUGUGUCCUCACAUGUGACAUUUAAAGCAACUUGUAUUAUAUCAAAGUUAAUUUUCUAUAUGAAUGUUUUGUAAUUUAGUUAACAGCUUUUUUGUACCAUAAUUUUAACCUUUAAGUGCCAACCUGCCUAAAUAUCAGGCAAUGGUGAAAACAUGACAAACAAAUACCCACUCAUGUUUACAUUAGUUUAUUUUCAAAAUAUAUCAUGGUGCAUGAAAAUAACAUUUGUUUCCUUUUCCUGAUCUGGUAUUUCAAGAUAAAAUUUGGUUGAAAUGCACUAGAAAUUAACAAUUAAUGGGAGCUAACUCCUUAACUUGUUAUCAUUCUAACCAAAAGUUAUCUUUAGAUUUCUCAAAUUACAAGACAUGCAGAAAGAAAGACGUACAGAUUCUUCCUCUGGAUGAGGGUAACUUCAAAAUAGGAUGGUUAGGUAGGUUGGUUUUUUUUUUUGCCAUGUUUGAUAUUCUUCUAAAUUGCCUGAUUCUUACAAAGACUGGCACUUAAACAAACUGUUGAGAGGUUGUUGAUGUGAAUUUUAAUGAGUUGUUAUUAAUACCAUUUGCACUAAAUUUACAAUGUAAUCAUGACAGUUCAUAUACAUUGCUCAAAUCAGAAUUAACAUUUGCUUAAGUGUGUGGAGGGAUAUUUUUUAUUUUUAUAUUAGUAUACCAAUGUUUUUUGUUGCUUUAUAAUUUCAUUGCUAUGUUUUAGAUCUGUAUAUCUACUUGAAAUAUUUCAUUUGUUUGGAAACGCCCACCUUACAAAGAAUCAAAAUAUAUUUUUUCUUCAUUUAAUCAUGAGUUAUCUUCCAUUUGUAUCAAUCCAUCCCUAUGAAAAAAAAAAAAUAUUUAUUCUUUCCUCAAUCAGAUCAAUGUUUUCUGAGCUUUAUAUCAUUUUUGUUUAUCAUUACAUGCUCUUGCAAAUUAAUUUAUCUUUAUAUUAGACAUUUUGAUAAGAAUUGAAGAAAUUGCCAUCAUACUGUAUAGAUGUAUUUCUUUCAAAGGAAGUUAUUUCUUUGAUAAAGGACAGAUAAUUAAGUGAAGGAGCUGUUAUUUGUGCAUGUUUAUUUUCAUUGACUGAGGAAAUUCAAUUGAUAAUGAAAUCUUCAAAUGUUUGUGAUUUUGGUUUGUAUUUUUGUGAUUUCUGUGUUUUUUUGGACUACAAUAUCCACAAUAUAUUUGUUCCAAACAUAGAGAAUUAACAUAAAGUGAAAAAAUUGAUGAUUUAGCAUCAACAGUAAAUCAAGGUUGCUAUUAAAUAUAAAAAAAAUAUUCAUUUUAUUGUUUCCAUGGUUAUUGUAAAAUUGAAAUAGAAAUUAAUCAGAUUAUUGUUCUGUGAAGAUUGAGAAGGCAUUCCUAUUUCAUCUAAGGGCAUACAAUACUGUUAAUACCCACCAUUCAUUAUUGCUUGACAUUAUGAUACAAAGCAAAUUUUUAUUCAAACUUUUCAAAAUGCCAAGAAAAAUAUCUUGCGUUCUUUUUUGUUUUUUUUAAAGAUAUUUCAGUUUCACUUCAGGAAAACGAUCAGAAAUUUCAGACGUUAUAUAUCAAUGUUGAAGAAAAAUAUAAAUUAAAAAAAUAUUUUUUAAAAAAAAUGUCUUUUGGUUUUCUAUAAAAAGUCUGUAGACAUUCAAGUUGUAGUUGAUAUCAUUAAUUUAAAUAAUGCAAUUAUUUGUCCAGUAAAGAAUGUUGACAUCAUACUUAAUUAAAAAAAAAAAUAUACACCAACACUUAUGUCUCCAUUAAUUUUUCUUAUAAUUUUGUUGAAGUUUUCUUCAAUCCAUGCAAAUUUGAAUUGCCAUUAUUUUUUAAUUUAAAUUUAGAAAUCUUCAUGCAAUUUUUUUUAUAUAUGUAAGAACAAUCUCAUUUUUUAGAUGAAUUAGAUUUUGUUCCCUAUUAAUACAGUGUGAUAGUUAUAUAAACGUUACUCUUGGCAUUGUUCAUACUGAUCCCUGCUACAUAUACUACUGUAUUGUAUGUCAUGAAUGUUUUUGGUCUGUAAAAGAAGCUACAGAUUUUAUAUUUAACGAAUUUAAGAAGAAAAUUCAAGAUGAAAUCCAAUCAAUUUUUGUUUGUUUAAAUGAAAAUUUCCAUCUUGUGCUUAUAUAAGUUACUUUUCUUGUUUUUACACAAGUCUUUCAUGAUUUAACAUUUCUUCAAGAUAUCCUGAACCGUCCUUUAUUUUAUAUCAUUCCAGUUACGUCCCAGUUUCUCUUAUAUGUUUAAUUGAGUUCUUUUUACAGAGGCAGUCACCCUUAAAUGUUCAAUCUUUGUCUCAUUAAGUAUUGGUGUCCCUAGUCAGGAAGAAGUUUGGACAAAUAUUUACUGGAAAGAACAUGUAAAAAAAAAAAAAAACCUAUGGAUUUUUUUGUAUGUAUUUUUUCACUUAUUUUAAAUAACAAAACUUUUUAAGUAAGUUUUAACCAGAAAUGUGAGUGAAUGAAAAAGGAUAACUCCCCCUGUUAAGUCAAUUCAAUUAUCACCCUUUAAGUUGGACUGGGAAUAUAUUUCUUGAUGCACAUCCUCAGGUAAUGUCCUUCCAACUGUUUAAAGAUUAUCAAUAUCCCACUAGUUAUAAUAAGAGUUAUGCUUAUAAUGCACAUGGACAAGACAAGACAGACAAACAGGGAAUGAUGAGAUCUUUCUUAAGUAACCCCUAAAAACUUUGUGUGCAGGGGGUAUAAACACACACGGUUUUCUGAUCUUUUUCUAGUUCUAUUUUUUAGAAUAAGAACAUAGAUUACAUGCUCUAAAUAUGUGUUGAGAUUGAACUGUACUUAUGAUUUUAUUUUGAACAUACAAUUAUUAAGGCCAUUAAAGUCUGAAUAUGCUUUAAAACUAAGGUUUUCAGAAAUAGGUAAAAUUAAUUUUGAGUAGCAUAAUUCCAUUAUAUGUAGUAUACUGAAACUAGAUUUGUUUUUUACAAUGUCUUAUAGAAAAAAAUGGUUGCUAUUUAAUUGAUGUGUGGUCAAUUUAUAUAUUGCCAAUGUUUUUUCUUUUCAUCAGAUUUAAGAAUAAUAGGACUAUGAAAAAUAAUCACCACUUUAAUCUUAAUACCAUCUUGAAAAUCUCAUGCAGAGAAUCAUAUCAUGUGCCAAUUUCAACACAUUGAAGCUUUAGGCUAAAAUAUACAUUUCAGCAAAGAAUAAUUUUAUCAAACUUUUCUACAUGUACAAUACAUAUGAAUAGUGUUACAAUGUAUUUUCUAAUAAACAUUCCAUUAGGUUUA